UUGGUGUUUUACCAACAAAGAGAGGUCCAAAGGCGUGAAGGUCCUACAGACGUUGAGAAUUCAAACAAAGAAACGUUUCAGAAAUCAAGUAACAAAAAUAAUUAACAAAACAGCCAAUUUUCUCCCAAGAAAAACGCCCCAAGAAGAAACUUAUAGCACCCUCUCCACCGUUACACCUCCCCCUCCUCAAGUUUUUGCUUCUCUUAUGAUUUAUACACAUUAAUUGGGCAAAAAAUUAGUGGGUUCUUCAUUUCUUGUUAAAUCUUUCUCUUGGGAAAAAAAUUGUCCGAUUGUAGUGAAAUUUGAUCUGGGUUGGUGAUUGAAUGAUGGAGGAGAGUGGAUUGUGUCACUGGAGCGUAAUUAGAUCUAUAUUAGCCAUCGUUCAAUGGUGGGGUUUCAACGUUACUGUUAUUAUCAUGAACAAAUGGAUUUUUCAGAAACUGGAUUUCAAGUUUCCUUUAUCUGUGUCAUGUAUACACUUCAUAUGCUCAGCAAUUGGCGCAUACCUAGUAAUUAAAGUGCUGAAACUUAAGCCACUUAUUCCAGUCAACCCUGAAGAUCAUUGGAGGAGGAUCUUUCCCAUGUCGUUUGUUUUUUGUAUCAACAUAGUUCUGGGGAACGUUAGCCUGCGUUAUAUUCCUGUUUCUUUUAUGCAAACUAUAAAGUCGUUCACACCGGCUACAACAGUUUUCUUGCAGUGGCUAGUUUGGGGAAAGUACUUUGAUUCCCGAAUUUGGGCUUCUUUAAUUCCCAUUGUUGGAGGGAUUCUACUAACAUCAAUCACCGAGCUCAGUUUUAAUAUGUUUGGCUUUUGUGCUGCUUUAUUCGGCUGCCUUGCUACUUCUACAAAGACAAUCCUUGCCGAGUCUCUAUUACAUGGGUACAAAUUUGACAGCAUAAAUACAGUCUAUUAUAUGGCACCUUUUGCGACUAUGAUCUUGGCGGUGCCAGCCUUGCUAUUGGAAGGAUCGGGAGUAAUCGAAUGGUUUCACACAUGCCCCUCCCUGUUUUCGUCCCUUAUCAUUAUUUUCGGGUCUGGGGUCUUAGCAUUUUGCUUGAACUUCUCCAUCUUUUACGUCAUUCACUCUACAACUGCUGUCACCUUUAAUGUUGCAGGAAAUCUUAAGGUUGCUGUUGCUGUUACAUGUUCAUGGCUGAUCUUUCGAAACCCAAUAUCCUAUUUGAAUGCUAUUGGAUGUGCUAUAACGCUCGUUGGCUGUACAUUCUACGGCUACGUGAGGCACAAGCUCUCGCAACAAUCACCAGGAACGCCUUUAUCACCUCGAACUCCUAGGGGUAAGAUGGAGUUGAUUCCUUUAGUAAAUGAAAAAUUAGACGAUAAAGUUUAAAAAGUCUUGGUCUGGCAUGAGGUUGGCUUGCAGGGAAAAUGAUAAUAGCCUAUUCACAUAGAAAAAGAAGAGUUAUGUUCAAUGUUUUGUAAUCACCAAUUAGGUAAAAUUGAAAAAUCUACCCAUUUUUCUUCCUUACCCCCAACCCCACCCCACCACACCACAAUCCAGUGCAGGCAUAUACUACUAGUCCAUGUUUGGGAAGUAGAAUUGAAUGGUCAUGGACAGUAUUCCAUUAAAAAGCAUUAAAAUUUUGUUUA